UACCUCGUCACCAAAUUCAUCUAUACAUCCUACAUCAACGACCCACUCCGACACAUCCCGGGCCCCAAAAUCAACGCCAUAUCUCGCAUUCCGUAUGUGCGCCAUCUUAUCAAGGGUACCACGGUCGAUAAUGUGGUGGAUUUGCAUCGACGGUAUGGAAGUGUGGUGCGUUUGACACCGAAUGAGGUCAGCUUCAGUUCGGGAGAGACGGCGUGGCCGGAUAUUUAUGGCUUUCGGACGGGGAGGUUGAAGGGGAGGGCGAAUACGCAGAAGGAUCCGAUGUGGUAUCCAUCACCCGUCAACGGCGUCCCCUCGAUUCUGCUCGACAACGACGAAAACCACUCCAAGGGCCGAAGACUGCUCUCGCACGCAUUCAGCGACAAGGCUCUGCAAGAACAGGAACCUCUGAUUCAGAAAUAUGUUGACCAGCUCGUUGAUCGGCUCAAAGAGGUCACGUCUAAGGAUGAUCAACCUGUGGAUAUGACGAAGUGGUAUAAUUGGAUGACUUUUGAUGUCGUUGCGGAUCUUCUCUUCGGAGAGCCAUUCGGAUGUCUUCAGAAUCUCGCCACACACAAACACAUCGACCUGCUAUUCAAAUCUCUCAAGGGAUUCCGCUUUAUGUACAUCGUCGGAUACUUCCCCAUCGUAAAAUACCUGGGUAGUCUCAUCGUCGACCAAAAAAUGAUCGAAGGCCGAAAAGACUACAUGAACUGGGUCAGCGAUCAAGUAUCGAAGCGUUUGGCCAAAGAGACAGAUCGACCCGAUUUCAUGACGUACAUUACAUCGCACAAUGGCGAAAAGGGAACGACAUUAUCCAAAGACCGACUCGAUUCGAAUGCGAAUUUGAUCUUGACGGCGGGUUCCGAGACAACAGCGACGUUGCUUUCGGGUGCGACGUAUUUGCUCCUCAAAAACCCCUCCAAACUCACCCUCCUGACCCACGAAAUCCGUUCCACCUGGCCCACCUACAGCUCCAUCACCUUAUCCGCCGUAAACAAUUCCGCGCCCUAUCUCAUCGCCGUCCUCAACGAAUCUCUCCGAUAUUUCCCUCCAGUCCCCACCGGCUUCGAGCGAAGAAUUUCUCAACCCGGCGGAGAAGUCAUUUCGGGGGUGUUUAUCCCUGAAGGAACUGCCGUGCAAGUUUCGCAGUGGGCGGCGCAUCAUUCGGAGGAGAAUUUUGCGGACCCGGAGGUUUUUGUGCCGGAGAGGUGGUUGGAUGGGGAGGAUGAGAAAUAUGAGGGGGAUCGGAGAGGGGCUAUGCAGCCGUUUUCGUUUGGGCCGAGGAAUUGUUUGGGGAAGAAUCUCGCCCUCGCAGAAAUGCGCCUCAUCAUGGCCAAAUUGCUAUGGACCUUUGAUUUAGAAUUGGAUCCCAAGAGUCAGGAUUGGAUUCAAGGUUGUAAAGUUUUUACAUUGUGGGAUAAACCCGAAUUGUUGGUGAAAUUGACGCAGGUGGAUCGGGGUUGA